AUGAGUGAACCUUCAGACACGUAUGACAAGUAUUUAUGUAUGGCUGCCAAAACGGGACGCGAGAGCAUGGAGUACUUUUGUGAUGCGGUCGUCAAUUUAUAUCAAAAGGAGUUCUUACGUAGGCCGACAUCUCAUGACGUUGCUCUCAUCACACAAGCUCAUGAAGAAAGACACCACAUUCCAGGAAUGCUUGGUAGUCUUGAUUGUACACACAUCGAAUGGAGGAUGUGCCCUAGACACUUAAAAGGGCAAUACACGAGGGGUGAUCACAAGGUACCUACUAUUAUGAUUGAAUGUGUUGCUUUUUAUGACUUGUGGAUUUGGCAUUCGUUUUUCGGUUCUGGUGGAUCGAACAACGAUGUCAAUGUUUUGCAGCAGUCACCGUUGUUUCAAAACGAGCGUGAUGGAUCCGCGCCAGACAGUUCAUUUAGCGUAAAUGGACAUGAUUACAAGCGCGGUUACUACCUUACCGAUGGAAUAUAUCCUAGGUAG